CCUCUCUCUGGCAGGCUCCUCUUCUGAAGGGGCUGAGAUGGCAGUGAGCUUCACCUGCAGCUUCGCCGCACUGUGCUGUUUAGCGCUCUGGAGCUUCACCACGACUUCAGGUGCUACAUAUGUACCACCACCACCUCAUUCGACCACGAGACCUGGCUUCCCUGUUCCGAUGAACACUGACAACCCUGGCGUCCGCAAGGCUGCUCGGUUUGGGGUUUACAGAUACAACAACAGUUCCAAUGACCUCUUUCUUUUUAAGGAAUCACAGAUAAACAAAGCCAUGGUUCAGAUUGUCAGAGGGCUGAAAUACAUGCUCCACGUGGAAAUCAGACGCACUGUGUGUGAGAAAAGAGAGCACUCCAGCUUGGACAGCUGCCACUUCCAGAGGAAAAAAAACCUGCAGCAGAUGCUGAGAUGCUAUUUUGAGGUCUGGAUAACACCUUGGUUACAUAAAGCAUACGUCCCCAUUGCUCUCUGUCACUGACUGACCUUUCCCUACGAGAGCUUGAUUUCAAGGGGAUCUCCCACCACAAGUUUUAAAUUGCCUGGACUGUUGAGGCCAAAACUGAAGUGGGGAAGGGCUGCACAGAAUCGCUACAGAGCUUUUUUCUCAAAGCAUAUGGUUGGUUUUGCUCAUGGUUGUUGAUGUUCAAAAGUGACAAAGAAAAGACCUACCUUGACUGAA